AUGUUGGUCAUUCUCUUGCUGUUUUCUGCAGUCCAAUCAUUCAUGAUGGAAGUUCCAACGAACGGAUAUCGUUGUAUCUUCGAGGAGGGAUUUGACAAAGAAAAGAUCACUGGAACCUACCGCUUUCCACCUAAUGCAAUUCCGAGCAAUCGCAAUGUAGUCUUCAAAAUCUUCCGUGGUGAGAAGAACGAGCGAGUUGAAGUCUUUGCUUCCGACUUUGAUCCGAAAGGGAUAAGCAAGAACUUUGGGUCUUUAUUCACUUCCGACAAUGACAAACUUCACGUCUGUGUGAUCGACUCCUCUGACACAAGAGGAGCUCCUCCUGUAUUAGUCGAAAUAAAUUUUGCUGAUGGCAAAAAAGACGACACCAAUGUGAUCAAAAAACAAACGAUAAACAAGGUGGAUGCAAUGAGUGACGAAGCAAGUUCACAAGCUUCGACCAUUUAUGACUAUGUUAAAAAGUGUGUCGCGUUAUAUGAUUCGCGCAGAGGAUUGAAUGAAGCGACAAACACGAUGUCAUUAUGGAUGAUGAUAUUUGUUAUAGGGACUGUUAUAGCUUCUUCUCUCUACCAAGUCAUUUCCCUCAAACGAUUCUUUAGACACAGAAAGAUCAUUUAA